CCUGCCUCAGCCUCUCGAAUAGCCAGGACUACAGCUAUCACCUGCGUUGUUCUCUCAGAAUGGAAGAGAUGAAGAAGACCGACACCCAACUGCCCACGAGUAGGCAGAAGCCUAUAAAGACUGAAUGGAAUUCCAGGAGUGUCCUUUUCACCUAUUUCCAGGGGGACAUCAGCAGUGAAGUGGAUGAGCACUUCUCCAGAGCUCUGAGUAAUAUUAGGCGGCCCCAGGAAUUGAGCCCCUCGAGCCAGAAUGAAGAAGUGAUCCUGAAGAAUGAUAGUGACAUGCCUCCGAAUCACUGGCGUUUCUCUUCUCCAUGGACAAAGCCACAGCCGGAAGCAUCCCUUGCCACUCCUGCCACCACCAGCAGAUUGAGCGUGUGUGAUCCCAUGGCUGUGGAUCACUACCCGCUGGCCCUGCCUGAGACCUCCUCUGCUCAGCCUAGGGAGCUGUGGCAUUUCCCUUCUCUGGCAACCCCCAGCUCCCCAGAGCCUGGCUACUCUCAAGCAUUUCCUGGUGGGCACCUGGUUCCAGGGCCUCACCCUACUAGGAAAUGUGAGCCCUUCCUAAGUUUCCUCCAGCAGGACAGAUGCUUAACUUGUCCUCCAGAAACGGCCAUGAGAGAAGAUUACAACCCCGUCCAGAUAGCUGGAAGCACAGGACUACUCUUCAACCUGCCUCCCAGCUCAGUCCACUGUAAAAAAGUAUAUGUCUCUCCAAGUCAUGGACCUGUCAGCCCUGGGCUUGCCAAUGAAAGUAGGGAAGGCAGUGGUUGGGAUUUCAUGAUGACCCCCUGCUGGUCGUGGUCCAUUGGCCUCCCAGCUAUCCUUCCUGAACCCUACCGGAUGAGCACCCCACCAGGAGCCUUCACCUUUGCCAUUGCUGAUACCCUGAUUCACACCAAUCCCUAG